AUGAUACCUGAACUGUUUGAGCUUCUCGACGAGAGAAAAGAUCUACAGACAGUGGAAACACCCCGACACUAUUUUGGAUACAGCUACGACAACAUCGCUCUUCACGUUUUUUCAGAUGCCUCCUACAGCGCCCUAGCAGCAGUCGCUUAUUUUGUAAACAGCAAGAGUGCCACUCGGCAAAUCUGCAGCGCCUUUGUUCUAGGAAAAGCUCGAGUUGCUCCUCUAAAACAACACACAAUAGCUAAAUUGGAACUACAAGCCGCAGUUUUUGGUGCUCGCCUCGCAAAGUUCAUUCGCAGAGAACAAAGGCUUGUCGUCAACUCUACGCAUAUGUGGACAGACAGCACAACAGCGCUUCAAUGGAUACAGGGAUCUGAUAAACCACAACAAAUUUUUGUUCACAGAGUUGCAGAAAUUUCAGAAAGCACCCAAGCGAGUCAAUGGAAUCUUUGCCCAGGACCCCUAAACCCAGCAGACGACGGAACCCGUGGAAUACCCUUAUCAGAAUUCAGUAACAAGUCAAGAUGGUUCACCGGACCAAAAUUCAUAUGUGAACUAGAAUGCAACUGGCCAAAGCUACAGUUAAUCGACGCCAAUACGGAUACCUUGCAACUCAACGAUCAAACUGGACAAAUGGAUGAAUUAGCAACAACCCCAAUGCUAGCUUUUCAAGCUUCCACCGAAAAGACAGAACAAUGCUUCAUCGAUUACAGAAGAUUCUCCAAAUGUUCAAGAAAUCUCAGAACAACUGCAUACGUGAUUCGUGCCGCCAGGAUUUUUAAAGAUAUAGGAUUACAGUCCCGCAACAAAAGCCCGACCACCGAACUGACAAGCAACAACAUGAUUGCCGCAAAGAAUUUUAUCUUCAAGCAGACGCAACGAGACAGCUUCAAAUCAGAGGUCAACGCAUUGACACAAAAUAAACGAAUCAACACAAAUAGCAGACUUCGACACCUAUCACCAUUUCUAGACGAAGACGGACUCUUGCGAGCACGUGGACGCCUCAAGAAAUCUCAAUUGGACUAUUGCAUAAAACACCCGAUUAUCCUUGAUGGAAACCACCCAGCACUUCACCUCUUUAUAGGACAAACCCACAAAGACAACCAGCAUUCGCCACGCCAGCACUUGAAAAAAAUUCUUCAAAACGAGUAUUAG